CUUCGGCCCCUGCUGCCCCCCCACCGCUCCCGCUGGCACCCCGGCGCGGUUGGCCUGCAUUCCCUUCUCAGGACGCCGCCCUGCUGCCCCUAUCUGUCAGUGCCUGGGCCUCACCGACCUGCAAGCCAAAUCCGGGAGCUCUGCCGGCAAUGGCUGCAGCCGGAGACCCACCGGAGGAGCAGGUGACGGAGCACCCGGUGCUGGAGCAGUUUCCCAACGCCCUGCCAGAGAGGGCUCGGAUAUGGGCGAGGUCAGAGGAGCCCAGCAACAGCAAGGAAGCGGGAACCCGGGUGGCGAACUUGCCCCAGACGUGGGGAGAGAAAGGUCUCCCUGCUCCGGACUGUGUCCUCGGAGGAGCGAGGACCGCCAGAGAGCACCAGAAGGACACCAGGGCAUCUGACGACCUGCCGCCUGCGGGAUUCCAGGUGACUUAGCUCCCCAGAUGGAAUCUCACCUUCCUGAUGUCCGGACCUCCCCCAGGACUCAAGCCACGUCCUCACUCUAAGUCUCUGUGUCGGUGUCACUAGCUGAGCCCUUCCCUGGCUGCCCUGCCUAACAUUUCUUUCUCUUUGUCCCGCCUUCCCUGUUAUGUUUCUCUGUGGUCUUUCUCACCACCCCACAUACUAAAUCUAACAUUUUCCCUCUUUUCCUAUCUAUUGAAUUAAUU